AUGGCAAAUCCCUCCCGGCGAAUGCCUUUGGCCAGUCUCUCAAAUGCAACAAAUUCUCCACAUCGCCCUCUUACCAACAGCGGCUCCAAGCGGCCUCGAAGUAUAGCCAAUGUCUCUCAACAGGAAAAUGAGCCACCUCAGAAGCGGCUGGCAGUGGACAAAUCUGCCAGGGACUCCAAUACGGCCACCCCCCGCAGAGACCACCAAGCCCAGCCCGCCAUGGCAGAGGCUCGCGUGUUCGAACGAGGCCACGGCGAAUCCGCUGCUAAUGCCUUCCAAAGAAAGCUCGUCGCUGUCCGAGACAAAAAUGCUGGACUUCGAGUGACUAAGAACCUUGACAACCCUACCAAAGAAGAGUCAAUCCGUACCUGGCAGAAACAUUAUCGCAAACUCUUUCCAACUUUCAGUUUCUACUUCGAUGGAGUGUCCGACGAAGCUCGGUCACGCUUCUUACGCCAGAUCUCAAGCUUGGGUGCGAAAGAGGAGAAGUUCUUCUCUAAAGCGGUCUCACACAUUAUCACCACGCGCCAGAUUCCACCCGAAGGAAGGAGCCACGCGAUUGACGACGAUACCGCUCACCCUGCUCUCGACGACCAACCUCAGACCAUCAACCCUUCGCUCCUCGAGAAGCACCCUCGCAGCCAUGUCGCGAAUAAUGCCAGGCGUGACACUAUCAACCACAUGGAUAUACUUGUCAGAGGUCGCGAAAUGGGCAUGAAGAUUUGGGCGGCUGAGAAACUCCAGAGGAUCCUCGGCUCAAUACUCGAGGACUCCGGAAACCAUGGCCACCAUCCUCGUGGUUCAACUCACACCCAUCGGACGCAGCAUGAGGAUCUUGGCCAGGUGCUCAAGAAUGAAAAGAUCGGAGCCAUAUCAGAAAGAGAACAACCAUUCCUGUCCAUGGUUGCCUUCAAGGGCCCUUUCAUUUACAUUCAUGAUAUGGAUGAGAAGUACCGUCCAACCAUGUUCAGGGACUACCCCAAGGUAUUAAGACGGUCUGAUGGUGAAUGGCCACAGUUUCGCUCCGCUAGCAUUGGAAAGUGUCCAUUCGUGGAGGACCCCGCCAUGAGGAAAGAAAUCGAGCAGGACCGGACAAAAGCUAAGAUGGCGGCCAUGCAGCAACAGCAUGAACAACAGCAACACAUUCCACGGACGAGAUCCAAUGUGUCCUUAGAGCCGGCUAGGGUGGAACAACCUCGUCGUGUGAGUCCACGCAAGGCACUCCACACCGUAUCUAACGGUGCCAACUCGUUGAUGGCAGUGGAACCCCAAAAGGGUCCUAAGAAGCCAUUGCCCUCUGCUCCAGAGCGCCAGUCCUCUUUCCCACCCAUGCCGCAGCCACCGGCAUUCGAAUUUGUUCGACCACAUCAACUGAGCCUCACUCGAGAGCCUGCGGCCUCGGGAAUACAAAGGUCCAAUCUCACGUCCGCCAUUCAAUCCCAGGUUAUCUCUUCGACUGCGGGCACCGGUGUGAAAGCUGGAACAAGCAAAGAGGUACGGCAUUUAAAGCGCCAAGUACUGGAACGAGGAUGUACCGGCAGCCUCUCAGUUGGCUCUAUUCCUUCUUCGCACAGGAUGAAUGACCUUGCAGGAGCUCUGAAGCAUGCUCGCGCACCUGCCCCACAAAGAGCAGCCAAGAGUAAAGCACAGGAGAAGCUCGGGGGAAUUCAAGAAGAAGAAGCCCAUCCAUAUGCGGAUGAUACUGCUGCGGAACGCUCCGCGCAAUCUAAACGACGGAAGAAGGCGGUGAAGAGAGACCCUAAGCCAGGGUAUUGCGAGAACUGCCGUGACAAAUAUGAUGAUUUCGAAGAGCACAUUAUUUCACGCAAGCAUCGCAAGUUCGCCAUGACCCAAUCCAACUGGUUUGAACUCGAUGCGCUUUUGGCUAAGCUGCAAACUGCAUGA